CCAAGUUACCCCACACGCAGAAUGUCGCUGUGGAUAUGUUGCACUGUAGCAUCCACUUGUUAAAUUGAAGAAGCAAAUUCAGAGACUUACUGUCGCUCCAUUCUCCUAUAUCCUAGCCGCUGCUACUUCUUACAGUAUCCGAGAUCUGUUGAUUUCUCUGCUCCUUGCUCCCGUAAUUCUACAGCUACAGAUUGAUUCCGAGAGCAGGGUUGUCCCUUAUGGCCUCAGCCCAGCACGUGCCAGCUCCUACAUCUGUCCAGGGAGUCGGCCCUCUCUACAAGCCAGACGGGGAGAAACCAACUGCUACAGUUUCUCAAGAGGUUUCUUGUGAGAAUGUUCAUGUCCUGCCUCAGACCCCGCAGCUGAUUGCUCUGUUGACUAUGAUCCGGGAUGAGCGUACCGCACGUGCCGACUUCGUGUUCUACUCCAACCGUAUCAUCCGACUUUUGGUUGAGGAAGGCCUUAAUCACUUGCCCGUCGUCGAGCAGCCUGUCACAACACCCGUUGGCCGGACCUAUCUUGGCUUGAGGUUCCAGGGGAAGAUAUGUGGUGUAUCUAUCAUGCGCGCGGGAGAGGCCAUGGAGCAGGGCUUGCGUGACUGUUGCAGAUCUGUGCGCAUCGGCAAGAUAUUGAUCCAGCGGGACGAACAGACAUGGCAACCGAAACUCUUCUAUGAGAAACUACCUCAAGACAUUGCCGACCGCUGGGUUCUUCUUCUAGAUCCCAUGUUUGCUACUGGUGGCUCGGCCACCAUGGCUGUGGAGGUGCUGAAAGAAAAAGGGGUUCCCGAAAGCCGGAUUCUCUUUAUAAAUCUUAUUGCCAGUCCAUCUGCGGUAGAAUCCUUUGCUCGGAAAUUUCCCCAGCUGCGUGUUGUGACUGCAUUCAUUGAUCAGGGAUUGGACGAGAAGAGAUAUAUCAUACCAGGUUUGGGAGAUUUCGGCGACCGGUACUACACGUUAUAA